GAUCGUUGACCGACAGAGGGAGGGCUUGAUUAUGGCUUCUGGCUGAGCUGCCCUGCGGUCCCUUCGUCUGUUCUGGGACUCUCUCCCUUUUCGGAAUUUCAUUAAGAUGCUGCUAUCAAUAGGAAUGUUAAUGUUGUCUGCCACUCAGAUUUAUACUAUUCUCACAGUUCAGCUGUUUGCUUUUUUAAACCUAUUGCCAGUAGAAGCUGACAUCUUAGCGUUUAAUUUUGAAAAUGCAACACAGACAUUUGAUGACUUACCAGCAAGAUUUGGUUACAGGUUACCUACUGAAGGUUUGAAGCUUGAUUGCAAUUUUGAUAUAAAGGUUUUGAAUGCACAGAGAGCUGGGUUUAAGGCAGCAAUUGUUCACAAUGUUGACUCUGAUGACCUCAUUAGCAUGGGAUCUCAAGACAUUGAAAUUUUAAAGAAGAUUGACAUUCCAUCAGUUUUCAUUGGUGAAACAUCUGCUAAAUCUCUUAAAGAAGAAUUUACUUAUGAAAAAGGAGCCCAUAUUGUGCUAAUUCCAGAGUUCAGUCUUCCUUUGGAAUAUUACCUAAUCCCAUUCUUAAUUAUUGUGGGAAUCUGUCUCAUCCUUAUUGUUAUAUUCAUGAUAACAAAAUUUGUUCAAGACAGACACAGAGCAAGAAGGAAUCGUCUGCAAAAGGAUCAGCUUAAGAAGCUUCCAAUACAUAAGUUCAAGAAAGGAGAUGAGUAUGAUGUUUGUGCCAUUUGUCUGGAUGAAUAUGAGGAUGGAGAUAAACUCAGAAUUCUUCCUUGUUCUCAUGCCUACCAUUGCAAAUGUGUGGAUCCUUGGCUAACUAAAACGAAGAAAACAUGUCCUGUCUGUAAACAGAAAGUGGUCCCUUCUCAGGGAGAUUCUGAUUCUGAAACAGACAGCAGUCAGGAGGAGAAUGAAGUCUCUGAGAAUACCCCUUUGCUUAGGCCAGUUGCUUCAGUUAGCACUCAGUCUUUUGGCGCAUUAUCAGAGUCAUACUCGCAUCCAAAUAUAACGGAAUCUUCAGACUAUGAAGAGGAGGAGGAAGGAAAUGAAGAUAUUGACAGUAGCGAUGCAGAGAAUGGAGUGACAGAAGAAAGUAUAGUAGUCCAGCUACAGCCCAACGAUGAAAAGGAUUACAGACCAGCAGAUGCUGUUUGAACUGCAAAGUGGGCAGUGUUACCUGAACUCCUCUCCCCAGAGACCUCUCAUCUUAUGUACCUGUACAUAAGAGAAGUGCAUUGCAGCCCUUCCAUUGCUUCACUAGAAGCACCUGUUCAUAUAGCAUUCUAUAUAGUUUAAUCUCAUUACAGGUUUCCUUUCUUUUGUUUAUUCAAUUUGUCUUUUGAAGACAAACAUUUUAACAGGACUUCACAAUGUUAGUAACGGGGCUUCCAUCACUAAAUAUAAUGCACUCCCCCACAAAAAAGGUAUAUCAGCAUAGUUGAACCAAGACCGUACAUGUGUUUUCCCUGCUACAAGAGUGUUAAGUAAGCAGUGAUUUAUUCAGUUAUUUGUUAAAUGUAUGGUAAGUACUACCCUAAACAUCCAUCCAACCAAAAAAAUGUAUGGGUGUUAUGUCUGUAAAGGCUUUCUCUAGAAGAACCAGCACCUUUUAAAGAACAAAAUAUACUUGUUCUGUAUUUGUCUGCCAAGAUUAUUUCCCAACAAAGAGGAAUUGGAGCUUUGAGCAUUGUGAAGGAUUUUGACUGUCUUUUCCAUUAUCCUAUUGCAUUUGCAAGCACCUGGCAAAGAAAUCUCAGCAUGAUUUAGCUUAACCCAUCUCUAAGGAAAUAAACAGGAUAACCCCAUAUUCAUUGGAGUACUUCGCUAAUACUCCGCUUUCUUCAGACGGGGAUUGGGACCAAUGCAGAAAGGCAACCUUAAAGCAACCAUCUACUAGAACAUUUAAUUUUGUGUAUGCCAUAUUUGGAAACAAUUUUGUAUGCAGUACUGAUUUACAAAGGAGGUAUAUCUUGUAAUAAGAGUGUCUGAUACUAAUUAGCUUGGUAAAAACUAUGCAGAGAAAUAAAUCGAACUAUGUAUUGAGUUUGAAAAUAAGUGCUCAUAGCUAACAGGAUUUUACUUACACUGUAUCAUGAAAACAACAUUAUAUAGAAGUGUAAUUAUGUAAAAAGAAUGUAGCCAUGCUUCUGUAUAGUCAAACUACAGGGAUUUUUUUAUAUGGUCUUGUACAGGAAAGUUUGAAAGGAUGUUAAUAAAUACGUUUUCCACUUUA